UUGAUGACCGCUUGUUGCCCUCCCUCCCCUCGCUUCCCCUCCAUUGUUUGAGGCUUUGGUGAAGGGAUUGACAGACACCGCAUGUAUUGCUGGAACUGCCCAUGAUUUGGAAUAAUACUGAUAUAGGGUAGCGGUGUGUGUGGGCACACCGCCCUGUCAGCACAGGAACAGGAUGUGAUGUCAUGCCAGUAGCAGCUCCCGUGUUCUGUCCAGCUUUGUCUUUUCACUAGUGGGGGAGCCUCCCCUCCCCACUCCCCCUUUCCAAAGACGGGAUAUGUUUGAAGUCAAACCCCGGGCGGUGGAGAAGAAAGAGUCGAGCACGGAGACAGAUGAGGGGCUGGGCAGCAGCGGGAGGAAUUAUGGCUCCGGCUCACUGGGCUCCGGUUCGGUCGGCUCUGGCUCCGUGUACCUGUCGGACAGUCAGGACUGGGUGGUUUCCCCGAGCUGCUCCCCAGACGAAGGUCCCGGGAACAGCACCAUCUCCCCCAUGCUGGCCGAGGAGACUUUCCGCUACAUGACAUAUCUUGCUUUGGAACCCCCUUCUUAUUCCCACCCAGGCUCACAGAGCCUCUCCAAAGUCCUCAGUGGUGAUCGAGUGGAGCAGAUGACCAAGACGUACAAUGACAUUGAAGUGGUCACACACCUUUUGGCUGAGCGGGACAGAGAUUUGGAGUUGGCAGCUCGGAUUGGUCAGUCACUUCUACAGAGGAACCACCUGCUACAGGAGCGAAAUGAGGCCUUAGAGGAGCAGAUAGCACAGUCUGUAGAUCAGGUUCAUCAGCUGCAACAUGAGCUCAGUAAGAAGGAUGAAUUGCUGCGGAUGGUGGCCAGCGCCUCUGAGGAGAGUGAGACCGAUUCCAGCGUGUCGACCCCACUGCGGCAACCUCAGGCGCUGGGGGGAACCGCCGCUGCUGCACUUAGUCAGCUGGAGUCCCUGCAGAGCAAGCUGCAGGAGCUAGAGGAAGAAAAUCUGGCACUGAGAACCGAGGCUUGUCAACUCAAAAGAGACACCAUCACCUAUGAGGAGAAGGAACAGCAGCUAGUGAGCGACUGUGUCAAAGAGCUCCGCGAGUCCAACAGCCAGAUGGUUUCGUUGACUGAAGAGCUGUCUCAGAAGAACGAGGAGCUGCUCAGACACCAGGAGGAAAUCGCUCAGCUGCUUUCCCAAAUAGUCGAGCUGCAACACAGAGUGAAGGAGCUGGCUCUGGAGAAAGAGGAGCUCAGGAUCCACCUGCAGGCCUCCAAAGAUGCUCAGAGACAGCUCACAGCAGAGCUCAACGAGCUGGCCGAGAGGAAUGCUGAGUGUGUAGAGAUGCUCCAUGAGUCGCAGGAGGAGAUCAAAGAGCUGCGCAGUAAAAACAGCCCCUCAGCUGGGAUGCGCCGGCACCUUCCCUACGGCCUCUACCCCAUGGAAUCCUUGGCAGCAGAGAUUGAGGGAACUAUGAGGAAGGAGCUGAGUAUAGAGGAGGAGACCGCCUUUCAGGACCAAAGAAUUUCCCAGAAGCGAGUCUUCCAAACAGUCCGCUCUGUUAAUGCCUCAGCACUACGAUCAGCUUCAGCAAACCCACCAAUCCCUGGCUCCGGACAGAGCUCUCUGGUGAUGACAGCGCAGCCGUUUCAGUCCACACAGGGGGAGGAGGGCCGAGUGGGCCAGCCUGGUUGUCCGGGAGGAAACGACCUCACUAGAGCACUCCACCGUCUGUCAUUGCGCCGUCAGAACUUCCUGUCCGAGCGACAGUUCUUCCAGGCGGAGCGGGAAAAGAAGGUGCAGGCCCUGGCGGAAGCGGAUGGAGAAGGCAGUGGCUGCAGCUCACCAAUGGGCAGUGCGGUCUCGUCUUUCUCCAACCUGUCGGAUCUCUCCAUCGCCUCCACUGUUUUUAAGACUUUCCUGCCUGAGAAGCUCCAGAUUGUCAAACCCAUGGAAGGCUCGCUGACACUGCACCACUGGCAGCAGCUGGCCAAACCUCACCUGGGAACCAUCCUGGACCCACACCCUGGAGUAGUGACUAAAGGUUUUCGCCCAUUGGCUCAGGACGCUGUGUACCACCUGUCUGACAUGGAGGAGGAUGAAGAAGAUGAAGAAAACAGAAGGAAUGGUAUCCUGGAGAAAGGAGCAGCAGAGCGGAGUAAGGAGGAGGAAGAUGAGGAGGAGGAAGGCGGAAUCACCUUUAACGUGCGCUGCUCAUCUACACCCGAGGAGAAAAAGGACAGAAAGCAUGCGGUAUCGUCUGUCCCCGUGCCGCCUCUCUCCACUGGGAGUCCAGCUGCUUCCUCCUCCAUCAGGUCAGACUUCUGCCCUACACCCCUUCAUGCCACGGAGAAACCCGGCCAAUCGCCUCAGCGCAUUCCAGGAGCCUCUGAAGCAGGAGUCCAAUCACAAAGCCAAACCUUGACAUCGACAGCAGUAUCUUCCUCUGUCCAAAACCCAGGGAAGUGUCAGAGCUCCACCUUUUCCACCUACACCUUCACUACCUGUCGCAUUCUGCACCCGUGUGACAUCACACAGGUCACCCCAAGUUCUCAGUCAUCCCACAUGGCGAACACGCCUAGCUCCAUGAGGACGGGUCCCAGCACCCCUGUGACUCCCUGCAGACUCAGUCUGGGUGACUCCUUCCCCCCUCGACGUCUGCCUGCACCCCCCAGUGGCCUGACCAAGCUGGUCCUAGAGAGGGGUAUUUCUGCACAAGUCUCCAACCCUCCUCCAACCCCGAGACCCGCCCCCUGGCAGCCCCUCUUCCAGCUUCUGCCAAGCACGCCCCCCAACUCCCCCUCCCACUCUCCUGCCCCCUCCCCAGUGCCUACGGAGCCCCGCCAACACCCAGCUGACAAUUUCCUGGCCUCGCGGCCCGCAGAGCUUUUUCUCCAAGACGUUUACGGGUUGAACCUGGGCCGCGCUCCGCAUCCUGACCUACCAAGCCCAUCCCAAGAAACCCCAGCCCUCAUCUCAUCCGCCAAAUCAGGCAGAUCCAGGCCUGACCCGGCCAGUGUUGGUUUGGUGGAGAAGCUCCGGCAGCUGGGAUUCACCAAGGUGUUGCAUGGUUCUGAGUCUGAUGCCUCAAUGCCACGCCAGGAUUCUGCCACAUUUGUGUCAGCAGGUGGAGGGAGCCUUUUAGAUGGCCUGAGGCGCAACCAGAGCCUCCCGGCUAUGAUUGGUGCCCGAGCUGGAAAGUCAGCCAGUCACUCAGCUCCUCCUCCUCACCCCAGGACCCUGGCUAUCCCCCCACCUCCAUGGGGGAACCUAAAAGAAAGACGGCGGCAUCUUGCCUCUAUCUCCCACCCAAGUUCGGCCAAACGUUGAACUCAACAGAACAUCAGUCCCCUCCUUUAUACCUCCACCACAUCUCUCCUCCUUUCUGCCUUUGGAGAGAGACGUCAGGGCACCGGUGGGCAGAGCAAUCCGUCCUUUUUUGGGACUUAAUUUUAAAGCACAAUUUAAUGAUACUGACUGUUUUUAGCCACCCUGCAUUGUCUGUGUAUGUGGAUGUCUGCCAUGCUGAUAGUUAAAAAGGCCUUAGCUUGCCUCUGAGUGGGUCUUCCUCUUCUCAGUCUUAUAUUAAAUAGACUCAGUAGUUCUCCGGUGAGGCUCUAGAUAUUAGGCACGGGCAGAUGAGGGCAAGAAAGGAAAAUGUAAGUGUACGAAGGUUUGUGGAAGUUGAUUAGAGAAACGUAAAGGAAGAAGUGAAAGAAGGGCAAAAAGGGUGUCAGUAUGUUUAUGUCAGAAGACGGGGUUUCCGCCAUAUCAGUUAACAUAGGGAGUUCGAGCAGCCCAGGCUGGAAAGAAGGCAUUUUUCUCUCUCACAAGUUUCAUAGAAAGUGUUCAGAAAAUUGAUAUUGUUGGUAAGUAAUAAAUAUAUAACUGUACAAACUUGGUAAUUGAUAAGUUUCGGUUAACGAACCAUUAGCAUACACUAGAAGAAUGCUAUGGGCAAAAAGUCAUAAAUUUGUUCAGUUCGAUUCAGUUUGUACAUAUUAACAAUAUUGUGUGCAAAAGUUUAAACAUACAUGUACAUAUUUUUGACUACAAACAUAAUUAUUUUGGCAUUACCUGCAUUCAUUCCUAUUCAUUGAGGACUGUGCCAUGAGCGCCCCCUGCUGCAGCCGUAGUUGAAUUGCAAGCACUUUGUGUACAGUAGGAUUAAAAGGAAACACCGUCUCCCAUUGACCAGCUGUGACACACCUGUGCACACAACAGGUAACGAGAGACUGAAGAGUUUAUUUUUGGCUUUCCAGCUUUUAAAAGCGAGAGCACCAAUCAUGAUAAACAUCAUUUGCAUACAGUAAAAAAGCCUAGCGGUUCUGUUAUUAGUGGACAUAAGUGGAUGGAUACCAGCUAGAAAGUAAAACUAUUCAAUUUUAACAACUUUUUUCAGGCUGGUCUUAUGUGUGUAAAGUGGUUAACAGUAACAGUAGGCUAAUGACGUAUUAGCUAAAUUAAUAUAUGUAGCUGUUGUGUAAAAACAAAAAUAUCUGGUGUUUAAGGAGCUUGUAAUACACUGGCGGAAACCCUAAAAGAUGAAAGAAGAAGAAAAUAAGGGAGAGGGAGUAGGGGGGCUUCUGGGGUCUUGCUGUUUCAAGGGCUUGUCAGUUAUAGGACAACAUCCUGCUAGCUCAUAGCGUAGCAGUUGCUUUCUUGACUUCAAAGAAGAGUACAAGCGAUCUAACUUAAUACUUGAGGACAAGCUUGGAGACUUCAACCACUCGCUGGUUUAGCAGCUGAACAUGCCAGUAUUAUGAAUAUUGUAACAGUUUUACAGUGUUGCACGGAUGUCCAGUGACCGUCCAUGCGCCAUGCCCAACGCCUGCAUGAACACCACCUUGUCUGCUGGUCUCAGCAUGCACCUGUUGGCAGACAGGUAGGAUGAAGGCAAAGACAAAACCAAAUGGGACAUCAGGCAAAAAAACAAAUAGGGUGAACCUUUUCCUUCAGGUCUUUGUGUUUUGCGUGUGUGUGCGUGUUUAUGUUUGUGUGUUUUUAAUGGUAUGAGGCCGUAUGUGGAAACUAGCACUGCUCUAGUUUGAGUUCCUUUUUUAAGCUGUAUUUGGACAUGAGUUGCACUUAGUGGGAUUAAGAGGUUUAAGGGUCACUGCUUGCUUUGACAACAGAUUUUCAGGUUUGGGCUGUAAAGAGGGAAUAAAAAAACUCACUUAUUAUUUUAGCUGUUAACCUAACUCAGAUUUGAUCAAGAGUUCUUUGCUUUAAAAAUAUGUUUCUCCUUUAUCUCAUGGAUGUAUACAGUUUGUGUAUCGGCCAGCAGGUGGUAGUGUUCUGUAGGAAAACAUCUGACAUCAUUCUGUACAUGUGACACGCUAUAGCAUUAAAAAUAAGGAAGCUUAGAGCUUUGUGCUUUAUCCCUGUGACCCUUCAGUGCUAUUGUUCCCAACCAGACCUUGCCCUGCCCCCCCAUCUCCAGUAACUGCACUUUUAGGUUUUUGUAUUUAACCUUUAUUUUAUUGAUGAAAGAGUUUGAUCUACAUAAAUAAGAGACAUUUAGCAUAAUUGUGAAUGUUGUAACAAUAUCAGCUAACAUUUUGCCAUAAAAAUUUGAAUAAGUAGCAUUUUGUUGUGCUUUUCACAUGAAGGGAAUCCAAACUCAGUAUUAUUUUUAAUUUUGAAUAUUCUGGCUUAUACAUGUGUUUGUGAUGCAUUUAGCAGCUAAUUAACAAUAAUGCUUUAAAGGGCAACAAGAGCUUCAGCUGAAUGUUUAAUAGGAGAGCAGGACUGCAGAGAGGAAGGAAGGUACAUUCAUAAAGUUGGAUAACUUCCAUCCCCUUGAAGCAGGAGGUUCUCUGGCUAUAAGAGAAAAUGUCCUGCGAUUCCUUCAUGUCUCAUGCCUAUUAUUCAUGUCUGUCUUUUUAAAUAAA